AUGCUGAAAUUUUGGCUUCUGGUGGCCAGUUUUUUGGCGAUUGGAGCGGAAACGAGGAGUAUUGAGAGAGCGUAUACCGUAUGCCAGCAAACCGAUGGAAAACUGUAUUCUUACAAGGAAGGAAGGGUUUCCGAUGGGGAUUUGUGUGGAAAACGUCUCGCGACGGCUUAUUUCCAUGAUGAAGUCAACCAAACGGGAUGGGCAUUCCUUGAAGUCGACGUCAUCAGCCCGAAAACUCCGCAUUAUUUGCAAGGAUACGCCGCUGGAUUCGCUGAAGGUCGUGUGACUCGUGAUAUGAUCGACUUGCACAUCAUUAACACCGUCAAUGGGUACUGCGACGGCGCGAAACACUUUUGUGAUGAGCUCGGCGAGUUUAUGGUCGACAAUUUGAAGUGGAUGGAGAUGGAAAUCAAGCAAAAUCCAGAAGACGAAUACUGGCAACAGGUUAAUCUAACCCUCAAUCAACUUUUUGGCCUGAUUCACGGCUAUGAAAAUCAGCUAGGAGCCCCGAUUAACUUCAAAGAAAUCGCUGUGCAUCCGAUUUUCAUGAUUCAAAUUGCUGGAGACCUUGAGGACCUCGCCUUGAAGUUUAAAAAACCGGAAAACCCCAAGAAAGUGUUUUCGGGACCGGGACAUUGCUCAGCACUGGUCAAGCUCCUUCCCAACAACGAAGACAUCCUCUUCUCACACGUCACCUGGUCUUCCUAUGGUACCAUGUUGAGAAUCAACAAGAAAUACAGCUUCAAAACCGGAGAUCCAGGACAGGUCUACUCGUUUUCCAGUUAUCCAGCUUCUAUCACUUCCACUGACGACUUCAUUCUGACAUCUGCAAAAUUGGCAAUUCUGGAAACCACCAUUGGAAACUACAAUGAGAAAUCGCUCGACCUGAUCACCCCAAAUACCGUACUCACUUGGAUUCGCGCUGAGAUUGCUCAUCGUACAUCAUCAUCUGGAUUGCAAUGGGCUGAAGCAUUCGGAAGACAUAAUAGUGGAACUUAUAAUAAUGAAUGGGUUGUGGUGGAUUAUAAGCAAUUCCAUAGAGGAAAACCAGUUCAACCGGAGACUGGAAUUAUUCAUGUUGUCGAGCAGAUGCCAGGACACAUUGUGCACUCGGACAAAACCGCCCAUCUAUUCCGCACAACUUAUUGGCCAGGAUAUAAUCAACCAUACUACAAACAAAUUAUCAGAUUAUCAGAUACUGAUAAGAUGGUAGAGAAGUAUGGCGACUGGUACAGUUAUGAUAAGACCCCAAGAGCCCUAAUCUUUGCAAGAGAUCACAAAAAUGUGCAUGAUAUGGAAUCAAUGAUAGCGCUAAUGAGAUCCAAUAACUAUACGAAGGAUCCACUAUCCAAAUGUGACUGUAAUCCACCGUAUUCUGCUGAAAAUGCUAUUGCCUGCAGAUCAGACUUGAAUCCCGUGAAUGGAACGUAUCCAUUUAAGUCCCUUGGCUUCCGUGACCAUGGAGCUAUCGAUGUGAAGGUCACCAACUCCAAACUCAUCCAAGACCUUCAAUUCACAGCUGUCUCUGGUCCACCGGGUGGUGUCACCAAGGAUGUUCCGAUUUUCGACUGGAGAACUAGCUCGUUGACAGACAAGGUUCCACAUUUUGGACAGCCUGAUAAGUGGAACUUCGCACCAGUGACCUACAAAUGGAGAAGAAGCUUCUUGGAAGAUCUUCGUGACAAGAUUUACAAGGAUUUGAAGACUUCGGAAGAUUUUUAG